AUGACAGAACCAGGCUCGGCCGCGACGGCCCACGCGGCCCCCAACAACCGCCCCAGAACGCGCCAGAGGAUGCCCAAAGCGGCUCCCUCGUUGGACCCCAACGUAGAUACCGUAAGAUUCACCGCCUCGUCGCCCCCUCUGCCCUGCCCUGCUCCCCCCCCCUCUCAUUCCAUCUCGGCUGACCUGGGAGAGACAGGAGAACGCAAGAGGCAGAGUCGCCUCGGCAGGGAGAACAGCAGCCACGUUGAUGUUCCAGAGCGUCGGGUGUCUGAGACAGACGCUGACAGCGACCUUCCGGGUGCUGCCCCUUCAUUCGUACUUGAGACUGGGGGCCCAAUCGAGCAGGUUGCAGACAAAGUCAGGCCGCUGGCCAGUGAAGUAGAUGGCGCUACUGCGGGGUUCAAUCUGGACGCGUCUGCGGUGCGGUCGACUGAUCCGUCAGACAGUGAUUCGAUAUCGGACCUGCUGGCGGUGGCGGCGGCGUUGCCCAGCACACCAUCGACCGUCGACCCUGCAUUGCUGAUGGAACGUUCGUCUCUGUCACCGCCAGACUUCCCCGACAGCUACCUCCUCCCCAUGAGCGACCUGAAGGUCCUCAAGGGGCUCCUUCGGAUAGCCACUAGACUGGGGUCCUACUCUGUCAUGUGGGACCCCGCGGCGACCUCGCCGUUCAACCUGGGGACGGGAACGGCGGUGGACCUGCUGCCCGAGACGUGGCGGCCGACGGCGUCGCAGGUGCUCUUGCCGCACCACCCCAUCAUGGACUUCCUGCCAUGGCCGGAGGUGCGCGAUCGCGUCAUCAACCUCUUCAGCCUUCCCGACGAGGCGAGGCCGCCCGCGGCACGGGGCCAGCUCGGACUCGUCAACUUUGCGUACGACUUGGAGGACUCUGGCGAAGGGGCGCGCAUCUGGGGCGCCGGCCCGUACGACGCGUCGAGCUGGGAGGUCGGUCAGGUCCUCUUCGAGAGGUGGUGA